CGAGAAGAUAAAAGGGGAAGGAAGAGAAUGAAUAAAUCGGGGAUGCAAAAAGUUCUCCAGCAGAUUAUGAAACUGCACCAAGUAAGCUUUGGCAACUAGUGUCAGCAAAACCACUUUGUGAGGUCUUUUGUCACCGAGGAAGGACUGGGGUGACUACCUGAAACUUUCCCGGGCUGGAUGCCCUGGAGGAGGCUCCGGGCAGCCUUUCGGGGCCCCUUUCUCUGGGCGAGGCCCGGGGGCGGCCCAGCUCGCCAGCGAGUGGGUGUGCGCCCCGCAGCCUCGGAGGAAGGGCAGGAGGUGGCCCGGAGCACAAAAUUCUCCCGGCCACCGGGCGGGCGGAGGCGGCGGCGGGCAUGGCCGAGGCUCGGCCGGGGCUGGCGGGGCUGCAGCUCAGCGCCCUGCCCGACGACUCCCCACGGCUGCAGCCCAGCUUGGCGGAGCUGCGGCGCCGGGCAGGGGAGGCCGGGGCUCCGCUGGUCCCCCCGCAGCUCACCGAUUCCUUUCUGCUGCGGUUCCUGCGCGCCCGGGACUUCGACCUGGACCUGGCCUGGAGGUUACUAAAAAACUAUUUUAAGUGGAGAUCUGAAUGUCCAGAAAUAAGUGCAGAUUUACACCCCAGAAGUAUUCUUGGUCUUCUAAAGGCAGGGUAUCUUGGAGUCCUGAGAGCCAGAGAUUCCAUGGGAAGCAAAGUUCUUAUUUACAGAAUUGCCUACUGGGACCCAAAGGUUUACACAGCUUAUGAUGUAUUUCGUGUAAGCCUAAUCACAUCUGAGCUUAUUGUACAGGAAGUUGAGACACAACGAAAUGGUAUCAAGGCUGUCUUUGACCUGGAAGGUUGGCAGUUUUCUCAUGCUCUUCAAAUUAGUCCAUCGGUAGCCAAGAAGAUUGCUGCUGUUCUUACAGAUUCCUUUCCAUUAAAAGUUCGUGCUAUUCAUUUGAUAAAUGAACCAAUCAUUUUCCAUGCUGUCUUUUCAAUGAUUAAACCAUUUCUGACUGAAAAAAUUAAGGAACGGAUUCACCUGCAUGGGCAUAACAAAACGAGCUUACUACAAUAUUUCCCUGAUAUUCUUCCAUUGGAAUAUGGUGGUGAAGAGUUUUCCAUGGAGGAUAUUUGUCAAGAGUGGACACAUUUUAUAAUGGAGUCUGAAAAUUAUCUCAGCAGUAUUUCACAGGCCGUUCAAUGAGAAGUUAUGUAAUGUGAUUGGCUUCCUAAUUAAAAAAUAUGAGUGAGAUCAGAUCUGUAACAUGAAUGAUAGAAAAGGAAUCUUUUAAGUUAAUUAAGGUUUAUAUGAUUGAUGUUUAAAAAUGUAAACAUCCAGACAGCAUACAGGGCUUUGGCUUCCUGCUUUGUGUGCAGAAAGUGGCAGUUCAAUUCUUGCCAGGAGAACCCUGUUGGAGUGACCCCAAGCACAGAGCUAAUCAAAAUCUUAUUGUGGAUAGUGGGGGAGACCACUUUUUAGAUGCAUUUUCUUAAUCUUUGAAAUAACUAAAUGUUAGUGCACCUUAAAAGAUGAGUUAGUACACCACAGAAAGACUUUUGCACUUGCAAGUUAUCGCUAAAGAUGCCAUUCAUGUGUUUAAUGUUUCUCAAGUUUCAUUUGAACAAGUUCUUGAUAAUAUUGCCUUAGCAAUAAAAUUAUAAGCAGUCCACUGAAAAGAAAUACUAGCAGAAAA